AGAGGACUUGGAAGGUUAGACCAGGAAUAUCACAAGAUGCCUACCAGAUUAACUAAGACUAGAAAACACAGAGGUCACGUUGUUGACACUAUAGCCGGUAAGGGUAGAGUCGGUAAGCACAGAAAGCACCCGGGUGGUAGAGGUAAGGCUGGUGGUCAACACCACCACAGAACCAACUUGGAUAAGUACCAUCCAGGUUACUUCGGUAAGGUUGGUCAAAGAUACUUCCACAAGCAACAGCUUCACUUCUGGAAGCCAGUCUUGAACUUGGACAAGUUGUGGACUUUGGUUGACGAGGAGAAGAGAGAGCAAUACUUGUCCUCUGCUUCUGCCUCUGCUGCUCCAGUCAUUGACACCUUGGCUGCCGGUUACGGUAAGGUUUUGGGUAAGGGUCGUUUGCCACAAGUUCCAGUCAUCGUCAAGGCCAGAUUUGUUUCCAAGUUGGCUGAGGAGAAGAUCAGAGCUGCUGGUGGUGUUGUUGAGUUGGUUGCUUAA